GAUGCUUUUCUUCGUUUGUUUAAUACUCUAUAAAAUAAAUAAAAUAGGUACUCGAAAUCAACAUCUUGAUAUUAUCAAUUUCAUACUUACUUACUUCAUUCCUACAAAAAACCGAAGAUCUUCCACCAUUCAACAUGUGUAAUCUAAUCAUCACUUUCUGUCCCGUCUGCACGAAGGUCGCUGCUCCAUCUCGAGUCCAGAAGUGCUCUUACAGAUCGGAUGCAGCCCACACUCCCAAAACAACCAAAAUCACUGCUAUGAAUCCCUGCAUUCGAUGCAGAAAUUGCAACAAACCAUCCAACCCCACCGGCAUCCUCACUCGAGACAUCCUCGAAGACAUGUGCAUGAGAAUUCCCGAAUGGCAUCCUACUGCACCUCAGGAGCCAGUUCCAGGGAUCUUUCCAAGUUGGAAUUCUGAAACCUUGUCUCGCGCUCAAGACGAAGAACUUUUCCUCGAACACGUCACACAAAUCCACAGUGUGGAAGUUAAGAAUCGACAAGGCUUGACAAGCCAACGCAAAGGAUUCCCGUUGUGUUUGAUGGCUGGAAUAAAGCAGAGACCCUCGCCUGUGAAUCAACGGCUUGUGAGAUCACGACCAGAGAGAUCAAAGUUUACUUUACCUCCAUUAGCAUGGAACAACAAUCCUAGAAUUAGACGACUCGGAAUUGCACCAGCAUCACGAGCUGCAUUCCUUCAGCCAGGCUCUGCACGGACGGGAACAGCCAGUCGUUUGAUCCCAAGUGAAAACGAUCCAAGAAGUCAACACCAAGAAGAAUCUUUCAUCGCAUCGUCACUUGCGCGUGAGCCACUCAGACUCCAAAUCCCACCUCAAAGAUCAUCUUCCACCGAAACCCAAGACACAAAAUCCACCCCCUCAUCAACCACAUCAGCCCGUUCCGAAUAUCUCCUCCCGGGCCCAUCACCCCAGACAGAGACAUUCAGCGCCACAGCCUUCGCUCAAAUCCCCGCCCAUUACGACAUGAGACGAACUUCCAUCCCAACACCUGCCCAUGUUUCCACGACUCAACAGCAGGUUCAAGUACGCGAACAACAUGAUACUAUUGACCAGGUCCCUCGAGAACAUGAAGAAGAACGCAAGCGUCAAAAUCUCGAGAAUGAACGAAUGCGUAAAUUACAGCAACGCAAUAUCCAGACCGAACAGAGAAUACACUCUGAAACUAUUUCGUCAAGAAAUGUCAAUGAUGUACAAUUCAAUAGCGUGCGACCCAAGCGCAGUUUAGAGUUGCUUCCGAAAAUUUCAUCGUUCGGUUCCCUUUGGACUCCAUGCUUGAGUAACGACGUGAGGGUGGACAGUAUGCAUCCCUAGUGGGCUGGCUCUCACUACUAUUUUCUCUAUCCACUCGUCUUGGAGUUAAUAAAUUUUCUUGCGGCAUUACUAAAACAAAUUGGGAGCAAGUAGGGCCCUGGACCGAUGCAUUGUAAGGUUUUUUCCUUUCUUUGUUUUUUUUUUGUUUUUGGAAAAGAAAAAUACUAUUUUUUCUCUUUUCGCUUGUCUUUGUUA